AUGUCAGACGACGAUACCAGUGUUAAGGAAUUUGGCCAUAAAGCAAUAAAAGCAGAAUCAUCGAGAUAUUCGUUUACACAGCAGCAGUUCGGUAUGGCUACUAAAACCAAGGCACCACAAUUCAGUACGCAAAAUCCAAAGCUUUGGUUUGCACAAGUCGAAGCCCAAUUUUCGACAAACCAAGUAGUUACUGAGCGCACCAAAUUCGACCUCGUAAUUCCAUUGCUUGAUACUCGCGUCGCAUCGGAAGUUGAGCGACUUAUUCUCGAACCGCCAGCAGUUUCGCCUUACUCUGACCUCAAAGCAGCACUAAUUAAAUGUUUCUCAAAAUCGGAAGAGGCAAGAAUCUCGCAACUCCUCGACAAAGAGCGCCUGGGUGACCGCACACCAUCGCAGCAUCUACGUCAUUUACGAGCACUGGUUCCAGGUAUAGACGACGUCAUAAUUAAAGCGCGUUGGCUAUCACAUAUGCCAAACGAAAUCCAGGUGUGCCUUGAAGCUUUCGCCGACGCAACACUCGAAAAACUUGCCGAGUCCGCCGACAGAAUGGUUGAACGUCUGUCGCUCAAGCCCCAAGUGGCAGCUGCGAUAGUACCACCUACUUCGGAAAGCAGCGAAGUCGCGUCACUGCGCCGAGAAGUCGCGCAGCUUACGAAACAACUAAAAAAUAUGUCGACCAAUCGCUCCCGACCAAGGUCUCGAAGUCGCUCACGCCCACAAGCAACGAAGAAACAUGAUCUCUGCUGGUAUCAUUGGAAAUACGGAAAGCGCGCUCGCACUUGCGUACCGGGUUGCAAGUGGCAAGGAAACGCCAGCGAGAAUCAAACAUCGGGUACGGAAUAUCUCAUCGAUUCCGGGACCGAUUUGUCCGUCGCUCCGCGUGGGCGUCUUACAUCGACAUCUAAACCACUAUGUUAUCAACUGUACGCGGCGAAUGGCUCAAUAAUACAAACCUAUGGCUUGGCAGAAACAACACUUAAUCUUGGACUUCGCCGUAAUUUUACUUGGAAUUUUAUAAUUGCAGAUGUCACUAAGCCGAUAAUAGGUGCUGACUUUCUAAGCCAUUACGACUUAUUAGUCGACCUAAAACGUAAACGCCUUCGCGAUGGUCUCACGGGCGCAAUUACCCACGGAAAUACUCUUACGACAUCGGCAGAAACAAAUAUUAAAGCAUUAGAUAGCAAAACAGCAUACUUGGCGUUACUGAGAGAGUUCGGCGAUAUUACACGGCCAGUAAACCUAAAAUCCAGUAAAAGGAAGCAUUCGACCGUUCAUCACAUUCGAACGUCACCGGGACCUCCAGUUUCGUGCAAAGCUAGACGCCUGGCUCCCGAUAAGCUGAAAAUAGCACAAGCAGAAUUUAGCAAAAUGAUCAGUCAAGGCAUUUGCAGACCUUCCAACAGCACUUGGUCUUCACCACUCCAUCUGGUUCGGAAGAAAUCCGGAGAAUGGAGACCGUGUGGUGAUUACCGGCCACUCAACGAGCGUACGCUGAUAGACAAAUAUUCCUUGAGAUAUAUUGACGACUUUGGCGCAUUUUUGUACGGAAAAAACUUAUUUUCGGUCAUUGACUUCGAAAAGGCCUUCCUGCAACUACCGGUGGCCCCCGAAGAUGUGCCGAAAACGGCAAUCAUCACGCCUUUUGGGCUGUUCGAGUUCCUCUACAUGACGUUCGGACUCAAAAAUGCUGCUCAAAUGUUCCAGCGAUUCGUUGAUAAGGUCACUCGUGACCUCGAUUUCGUUUUUCCAUACGUUGACGAUAUUCUGAUCGCAUCAAAGGACGAAGACGAACAUUUGAAACACCUUCGAAUUCUGUUUGAACGCCUACGCGAGUAUGGUCUCGUUAUAAAUGUGCAAAAAUGCCAGUUUGGACAACCAGAAGUGCAGUUUCUCGGGCAUCUUAUCAAGAGGAACGGUAUUAAGCCGCUGCCCGAAAAGGUCGAGGCUAUUACUAGUUUUAAGCCUCCAACUACGGUCAAAGCACUCCGAAGAUUUCUGGGCACCGUAAAUUUCUACAGGAAAUUCGUAAAAAAUGCUGCGGAUAUUUUGUUGCCGCUAAACAAAGUUUUGGAGGGACCAAAAGUGAAAGGCUGUCACCCAGUCACCUGGACUGAUGAAUUGCAUGAAGCUUUCAACACGGCUAAACGUGCUCUGUCCAACGCUGCGUUAUUGGUGCAUCCCAAAAUCGACGCUGACUGGGCAAUAUUUACCGAUGCCUCCGAAAUCGGAAUUGGAGCCGUUUUGCAACAAUACGUACACAACGAAUGGCAACCACUAGCAUUUUUUAGCCGAAAAAUUCCUCCAACGAUUCAGAAACUUUCGACGUAUGACCGCGAGUUACACGCCGUCUAUGAGGCUAUAAAGUCUAAAGGUUUCAAUCAGUGCCUUACCAUCAUAGACCGGUUCACCAGAUAUCCUAAGGCUGUUCCAUUAUCCGAUGGUACUGCAGAAACGGUAGCUCACGCAUUAUCGCUACAUUGGAUUUCGCGCCAUGGAAUACCUAAGCGUUUAACAUCUGAUCAGGGGCCGCAAUUCGAGUCGGACCUGUUUCAGUCGCUAUUAAAGUUCUAUGGUAUUAAGCACUUGCAUACAACCCCAUACCACCCACAAGCCAACGGACUUGUCGAACGACUACAUCGCCAGCUGAAAUCGGCCCUUCUGUGUCACGGCGAAUCAUGGUACGAUGCAUUACCAGCCGUCCUACUCGGUUUACGCGCAGCUUGGAAAGACGAUAUCGAGACGACGCCGGCUGAAUUAGUAUAUG